AUGAAGAUUCUUAGCCUAAACUUCCUGACCUGCGCGGUCAAGACUUGCAAAUCCUCGGCGGCCUCGUUUCCCCUACACCCCAAGGACGCGGAGCUGGUGCAGGACGACAUCGAGGUCAACCCCCAGCUCCUGCUCAACGUCCUGCCCCGCUUAGACUGGGCCGCCCUGCGAACGAACGCGACCGAGUUGGGCUUCCCCGAACUCCCCUCCGAGCCCCCCUCGGCGGAGCAGCUCGAGGGUGACGAUAAGAUGCUCAAGGACCUGCACCACCUGCUCAUGGAGACGCAGAUCAUGGAGGGCAAGCUCGUCUGCGGCGAGUGCGGGCACGAGUACGCCAUCCGCGAGGGUAUCGCCAACUUCCUGCUGCCGAGCCAUCUGGUCUAG